AUGAACCGAGUGUUCAUUAGUGCAGAGACAAACACUGUUUUUCUUGGCCACCUGACCCUUCAAGUUGCCUCACAUGACGAUCAUGUCCUCAAGGCAAAGUCAGCACCAUCUUAUGUGGGGAAUCGGUACCAAACGUCAAUUCAUUCAACUUUAUAUCAAAAGCUUAGUCUUGUUUGGUUACGGCUUCGACUCCGCUCUGGCGUCAUCUGUACCCCGAUAGGUGUUGGCCCACAGACAACUACCUUCCCCUUGGACGGCACGACCUCAGCGCCGACAGAUUUCAAGGCAAGACACACUCGACUCGAAUUUGCAGUUGGCCGGUUGAAGCAACACUAUCUUGGAAGUCUCGACAUGGUAACACGUUGCCGCGAGAUAAGGCCUUCACUUCACUUUAUCACGUGUUGA